CGCCGUAUCCUUCACAUGGACGCCUUUCAACGUGAGACCCAGGCUCUCGUUAAACAACUGUUACCUGAGUGCUGCAUCCGGAGCCCCGCACCGUCACCUUGAUGAUGUGCUUGUAUCAAGUGACUUGUAGUGCAGAUGCUCUCCGUGGAUAAACAGAAACACGACUUAUUCGCACAAGGGCAGAAGAUGUUGACAUUCAGAAGAUGAAACUUCAGACAUUCCUUACAGUUGGCUAUUCCCAGGUGCUGUGACUGUUGGCAGAGCCAGCGUGUAACCAACCAUGCGGGCAGGGAGACAGGAACGACCUACCAGGUGUUUCUUCCGGUUCCUCUGCCUCGUGCUUGUGUUCUGGUUUCUGGUAUUCCUGCAGUACAUUAUAGUUGACGAGUGGUACCCGCACACGGGCACUGACAAUCACAGGCAUUUUAGUGGCGCUGUCAACAUUAAUCCACACGGUCUGCCAAAUGACCGUCUCCUAAGGGUGGAAGAUGUCCGUGACAAACACAAGUUACAUAGGAAAGUUCCCCCCGACGGUCACGUGCCAAAGGGAGACAAUUCUGACAGUGACCACCAUUUUGAAAAGUUACGCAGGCAAGGUUUCCCAAAUGACCAUCUCCCAAGGGUGGACAAGUCAGACAAUGGCCUAAAUAUCAAUAAGGUGGGCGGAGAAGGUCUCCCCAAAGCAAAUCACCCAGUAAAGGUUCUUGAGAAAGAUCGCAAGAGUGAUGCUGUAAAAAAUAUUGUAGAGUUCAUCCAGGAAAAGAUGGCAGCGUCAGAUUCUCCAAACAAGGCCUACAACAAAACAAUAGCGCCUGUGAGAGAAGUUAAAGACAAGAAUUUGACGUCAGCUUCCAACAUUGACUACCAUGCUCGCAGCCGGGAUGAAGCUGAAGUGAAGAGGAUACUAAAUACAAUAGCCCCACUGGCCCAUGUGAAAGCCCCAGGUGAGUUUGGCAGGGCGGUGCAAGUCCAUGUGGAGAGUCUGUCCAAAGAGGAGAAAAUCAAGAUGGAGGAAGGCUUUAACAGAACCGGAUUCAACCUGCACGUCAGCGAUCUCAUCUCCCUCCGUCGCCGAGUCCCAGAUCUCAGGCCGGCUGGGUGCCGGCGGAUAGUGUACCCAGACGACCUGCCUGCCACCAGCAUCGUCAUCUGCUUCCACAACGAGGCUUGGUCCACUCUCAUCAGGACAGUGUUCAGCGUCCUCGACAAUACACCACAACAUCUCCUACAAGAAGUCAUCCUCGUGGACGAUGCCUCUGACCACCCGUCACUAGGUUCCUCGCUGGAGGAGUACCUUCGCCCACUGCCCAAGGUGAAGCUAGUGAGGGCCUCCUCUAGAGUGGGCUUGAUAGGGGCCCGACUACUGGGCGUGGCUGCCGCUACUGCCCCCGUCCUCACCUUCCUUGACUCACACGUGGAGUGUAUGAAAGACUGGCUGCGACCAAUGCUGCAUCGUAUUAAGGACGAUGAAUUCACUGUUACCUACCCCGUCAUCAACGGCAUCGACAACAAGGACUUCAACAUCUACCAAGUAGAAGUGUACUACCACGGUCUGUUCAACUGGGUGGAUCUGACCUACUUCCCCAGUCCACUCACACUAAGUAUGAUGAGGAAACGGAAGUCAGCUACAGCGCCGAUCAUGUCACCCACAAUGCCUGGCGGGAUAUUCAGCAUCAGCAGACGAUACUUCCAUCUUCUCGGCGGCUACGACCCUGGACUCAAAGUCUGGGGCGGGGAAAACAUUGAACUGUCUUUCAAGACGUGGAUGUGUAACGGCACAGUGGAGCUGCUGCCCUGUUCCCACUUGGCGCACAUCUUCCGCACGACCAACCCUAAUCUGGGUAAAGAUGCCUUCAAGACAGUACUGAACAACGCCAUGAGAGUGGCGUACGUGUGGAUGGAUGAGUAUAAAUACCUGUUCUUCCAUAACGUCGUCAGAAAUCACGUUACGCCUCAGUUUGGGGAUGUUUCUGGACGGGUUUCGCUCCGGAAGAAGUUGCAGUGUAAAUCCUUUCAUUGGUAUAUGAAGGAAGUGGCCACCGACCUGUAUGCUCCUAUCUCGGCAGUCGCACUCAACAAGAUAGUGAACGUGAAGUUCGAUAACUACUGCCUGACACAUUCCAUCUACUACCCAAAGGUGUGGUGUGGGCCCUGCGACAACUUCAUCCAGCAGCAGAAAGUCUGGUAUUUAGACAACGGUCAGCUAUUGGCUGGCGUUCUUUGGAGGGAGAAACCAUGGAUGUGCCUCGUGGCCAACUCGACAGAACUGGUAAUGUCAGAAAGGUGCGACGCCAUCAAACAACGCCGACAGUGGACAUACACACACGAGAAUACUAUUCUGAACACUUUACAUAAGAAGUGUAUAGAGUUGAUCCCCGGGAAGCCCCUGGUCCUGACCGAAUGUACCGGAGUCCCGUCCCAGAAGUGGGUGCUCCAACAACCGUCAUACAAACUCGCUACACACCCCAUAAGGCUCUAGCCGCCUCCAUGUUACAAUCAGUCAAUGUGUUGAAUGUAAUUCACUUAGGCAUUUUACAAAUUGACUGAAAAUUCUGUCUAUUUAUUAAAACAUCCCAAUGGACUAAUUAUGCUAGUAUUUGAAGCAAAAAUUCUUUUAAUCCUAUCAUUUUCUAUCACUGGCGGAUUAAAUUAACGAUAAAAAAUAUUUUCAUCAUAAAAUACAUGUGCUACAGCAUACAUGGACAGAUUUUUCAGUUAAUUUUUAUUUAUUUUUAUGCGCUUUAUCAAUUAUCUAAGUGAAAGUUGAGAGUGGUCCGUCUUAUCGGAAGAAAGGCUUGUAUACCUUGACACUGGCGGUGCAUGUCAGUUAUUCAUUAAGCAAUAGUGAUAUAUGUACACACAAGAGUAAAUAUGAAGUAUAUAAGUGCGACGGAUCGUGUGUAUACGUGUAUAUGUUAACGUUAUGGUUGAAUGUCUUGUUUUGUAGUGUAGUGCUACUUUAGUUAAAAUAACAAUAAAGACGUUUUACUACAAUGAAA